AUGUCAAUACGGAAUCCCAGAUUGCCGCUUUUGCCGGGUUAUGGCACCAAUCCUCUGAUUGGAAAGACCAGCUUCGGUGUACGCCCUGUAUUCACGAGUAUCGACAAAGUUAACAUGUUAGUUGAUAAAGCUGAAGGUGUGAAUAGAGUACCUUCAUUGUACUGUCGUAAACAAGCUCCGGAUUUACCAACUUGGCUUAUGUUUGAUAAGAACAUUCUACAUUUUCAAGCGUACUUCCAACAAACUUUGCAUGAGAAUCGUUCGGCGGCUUCUGUUUUACGCAAAGUCGAAAUCUUCUUCUUCCUUGAAGAUGGUACCUUAAAAGUCGUGGAACCAAAGACUGAUAACAGUGGAAUGUCACAAGGAACAAUGAUAAGUCGCCAAAGAGUGCGUCUUCCGAACAGUUAUGACUUAUACUACGACAUACUCGAUUUGAAUAUUGGACAGGAAGUCACUUUCUAUGGAAAAGUAUUCAAGAUAGUAAAUUGUGACAAUUUCACAAGAAACUUUAUGAAUCGACUCGGUAUCAAUGUGCCAGACCCUAUUCCUUGGCCGGAUGCUAUAGAGAGAGCAGUGAAUACUAAAAAACCACCGAAGCAUCGACCAUUUAGACAAUUUUUAGAUUUUGAUAGACAAGUGUUAAGAUUUUAUGGCUAUUGGGACGACAGGGAUUCACAAUUUGGUACGAUGCAUAAUUUGGAGAUCCAUUACUUUUUAGCUGAUGACACUAUGGAAAUUAAAGAAGUUGUGUCAAAAAACUCUGGAAAGGAAGGCGGGACUAUGCUUGUAAAGAAAAUGCGACUACCUAGAAAAAUCCCAUCACGAAUAGAAAUGACGGGUGGACCAAAGGUAGCAUCAUAUUCUCCUGCAGACCUUAGUAUUGGUGCAGUGCUCAACGUGUUUGGACGCAAAGUCUUUAUUACCGAUUGCGAUCCUUUCACUAAAGAAUAUUAUCGCGUUACGUAUGGUUUUGAUACUUUUAGGCCAAUACCAGCUCCUGUAGACGAAAGCUCAGAAUGUAUCGGCUCAACAAUGGAUGAACGGGAACUGCCGCCUUGGAACGGCUAUGGCUCUUAUGAUGACUCGGCCGAGAAUUGUCGUACAUGUGAACCUAAGGCACCUCAUAAGGAUUUCAUGAAAUUUUUACACAAAGACCGGGUCGGCUUUGACUCUCAUGUGCUGCGUUUCGCUGCACGACUGAUCAACGAUAACCCUGAAGAUGCAAAACGUUACUUUAUUAUUAAAUAUUUCCUAAGCGAUGAUACGAUUGGAGUGUUUGAACUUGGCGAACGUAACUCAGGUUUCACGGGUGGAAAAUUUUUUCGUCGCACAAAAAUGUAUCUGCCGGACGUAAACUUCUUUGUGCCCAAAGAACCCGCGGCGUACACAGACAAAGACAUGUGGGUAGGAAACGAAUUAGUCAUCAAUAAACACAGAUUUCGACUAGUGGCUGCCGACGAGUAUGCUCUCAGAUAUAUGGAGCUUAAUUCUGAACAGUAUCAUAUGGCACAUGUCCCGCUCAUAAUGGACAAGAUUCGACGUAUAUUGGCAUCGCAAGAAAACGGUUACAAAAAUUUUGUGGCAAGAUAUAUGCAAAAUGUACACCCAGAAAAGAAAGAACUUAUGUCUGUAAGAUGUUUCAAGCAAGCAUUGAAAGAAAUAAUGUGCGAGAAGAUGACUGAGCAUGAGUUCAUAACUCUAAUAAGGUUUUUCAGGGGGGACCCGGGAAAAGAAAAAAGUGCGCGCAGGGAGAUGAUUAGGUCUCUGGUCUUUACUGAAUUGACUCGUGGAUUAUGGGAUGACCGUGAACGUCUCCUCGAAGGUCUACUUCAUGCUGACGACACAGGCUCAAGCGUUCUAUCCAUUGAACGCAUGCGCCAGUUGUUACGUGCCCACAGACUGCCGAUUAACAUUGAACUUAUGACCUGCAUGUUGCAAGUGUUGUCUAAAGAUGAAAACUGCAACAUUUAUUACCAAGACCUUAUGGAUUUUCUGGACUUUAAAACGAGGCCGGUAUAUAACCUAACUGAUUCUGAUUAUGAAAAGGUGGUGCGUCACGCACCACCCCUGAAGUAUACAGAGUGCAAGCUGUGGGGAGAAGCUGAGUUAGAAGUACAGACUGGCUAUGUUAAUUGGAACGCUUUCUUGUGCCAGCUAAAUCUUGAACAUCUAGUCAAAGAGCAGAAGUGA